GCGUGUGUGUGCGCGCGCAGGAGCUGGGCCCGCCGCCGGUGCUACCGGCGCUCCCCCCGCCCUCCCUUCCCCCCCCUCCCGCAGCACGGUGCUUCCCCCCGUUCCCUCCUUCCCUCCCUUCCCUCCCCCCCGCCCCGGCCCCGUUCCCCCGCAGCCGGGCGGGGGAGGAGGAUGGAAACACCCUUCUACCAUGAUGAUGUGUUGAGCGGCCUCGGCAGCGGUUUCGUCCCGUCCUCCGGUAGCAGCGGGCUCCUCCUGCCCUUCCCCGGCGGCAGCAUGAUGAAGAAGGACGCGCUCGGUAUGGCCUUACCGGAGCAGGUAGCGGCGGCUUUGAAAGGUCCGAGCGGUGAAGCGGCGGGAUUGUUGGGUUCGGCUGAAUUGGGGCUGUUAAAAUUGGCUUCCCCCGAACUGGAGCGGCUCAUCAUCCAGUCCAACGGGAUGAUCACCACCACCCCCACCAGCGGCCAGUUCCUUUACCCUAAAGCGGCGGCUUCGGAGGAACAGGAGUUUGCCGAAGGUUUCGUUAAAGCCCUGGAGGACUUGCACAAGCAGAACCAGCUGGGCGGCGGCGGCGGCGGCAGCGCGGCGGGGAGCGGCGGCGGUGGAGGUGGAGGAGGAGGCGGAGGAGGAGGAGGAGGAGGCGGCAGCAGCGCGGGCGAGUUGCCCGCCGCCGGCCUGGCCCCGGAGCCGCCGGUCUACGCCAACCUCAGCAGCUACCCGGCGGUCAGCUACGCCGCCGAUCCCGGCCCUUUCGCCGCUCCCCCGCCUCGGCUUCCCCCUCCGCCUCCUCCUCCACCUCCUUUAAAAGACGAACCCCAAAUCGUCCCGGAGGUGCCGAGUUUCGGGGAGAGUCCCCCGCUCUCCCCCAUCGACAUGGACACGCAGGAGCGUAUCAAGGCGGAACGCAAGCGUUUGAGGAAUCGGAUCGCCGCUUCUAAAUGUCGCAAGAGGAAGCUGGAAAGGAUCUCUCGUUUGGAAGAAAAAGUGAAAAGUCUCAAGAGUCAGAACACGGAGCUGGCCUCCACCGCCAGCCUGCUCCGGGAGCAGGUCGCCCAGCUCAAGCAGAAAGUCCUCAGCCACGUCAACAGCGGCUGCCAGCUCCUGCCCCAGCACCAGCACCAGGUGCCGGCUUACUGAACAUCCCCCCCCCUCACACCCUUCUCGGGAAUUUCGGGGAGGGGGGAGGACUCCCCUCAGCCUUCCCUCCGGGGAAAGAGGGAUUUGGGGCUCGGCUACGGACUGAUGGGCCCCGCGGGACUGAGGGUGGGAGGGGAGGAUGGAGGGGGGGGGGCGGGGGUGCCUUCCCGCCCCGAUUAUGGACUCUGAAGGGGGAGCAUGGGGUGAACCCCCCAUCCCCCAUGAACACACUCCCCACCCCCUUUCUCUGCCUUCGCUCCCCCGAGACAUUCCAGUCAGGAUCCCAGUAAAACCCCCUCGCCACCCAGAA